GGUGCCAUGGCAACGAGGAGGUGGCCACAGGGAACCGGAUCCGGCCUCGCUCCUCGGCCUAGCGGCGUUUCGCGGUCACCGCGGUAGCGAGAGUGACAGAAAGCCGCGUUUUCUUUUCAUUUUAACUGAGGAGUAACAAUCGGGCGGCUUCUGAGCGACAGAGCGCACGUCGGAGUCGUCCUCGUCGACCGGGAAAACCGAUGACCGCGCGACGGCCCCGGGACACCGGUCUGGCCUAGCGCGGCUACCGGCCGAGACGUGGCGCCCAGUCGUCCAAGUGGCCAGGCGAGGCCGGUCCCCUUCAGGCUGCAUGCAGGCGUAGGCCGCAGCGAAUUGCAGGUGACUUGUGGCUUUUAACUUCUAGAUCGUGCUGUCGACGAGCCCAAGCGGGGCUCGCGCACGGCGCAGCGUUCGAGGAUGGUGGUGACGGACGUGGUGGGUGGCGCAGGGCCCAGCCAGGCGGUGCGCGACGUGGUCUUCGUGGUGGAGGGCACCGCCAACCUGGGGCCCUACUUCGAGAGCCUCAAGAAGUCGUAUCUCCUUCCCUCCAUCGAGUUCUUCAAUGGCGGACCACCUGCGGAGACCGACUUUGGGGGAGAUUACGGGGGCACGCAGUACUGCCUGGUGGUGUUCAAUGCCGUGGAUUGUGCCCCCGACACCUACGUGCAGUGCUUCGCUCCCACCAGCAGCGCCUUCGAGUUCGUCACAUGGCUUGAUGGGAUCCAGUUCAUGGGCGGAGGUGGUGAAAGCUGUAGUCUUAUUGCCGAGGGGCUCAGCACGGCACUGCAGCUCUUCGAUGACCUCAAGAAGAUGCGGGAGCAGAUCGGGCCGACGCACAAGGUGUGCAUCCUCGUAUGCAACUCUCCGCCCUACCAGCUGCCGGCUGUGGAGAGCAUUGCGUACUCCGGGCUCACAGUCGACCAGCUUGCCACCAUGAUUGGGGAGAGGGGAGUGCACUUCUCGGUGAUCGCCCCACGGAAGGUGCCGGCGCUGCAGUUCCUCUUCGACAAGGGAGGGCCGCUGGUGCCCGAGGCGGCUCUCAAGGCCUACCACCAGGAUCUGCGGCACAUGAUUUUGGUCCGCGGUCUCGUGCUGCCAGAACGCGAAUCGAUGCACCAGCUGCCGGCGGUGAUGCCGGGGAGCGCCUUGUCUGCCGGUGUUGGGAGCGUCUCUGGUCCCUCCAGCUUGGCCCGAGCCACGCAGCCUGGCGGGGCCCAGGCCGGCCCCACUGCCGGACCCGGGAAUCUUCCACAGGGCAGCCCUGGUAAAGUGUGGCCUCGGCAGCCGCCUCCAUCUGCAGCAGGGGUUGGAGGACUGCAGACUCAGGGUUCGCAGCAGCAGCAGCAGAACAAGAUGGCCAUACAGCAGCAAAUGGGUGUACAGCAGCAGGGCCCAGGACCGCAACCCCAGCCGGGGCACCCCAUGUACCCCAUCCCAUCGCAGACGGGAGUGCCGGUCCUCACUGGCGCUCAUUCGGCCGCUGCGGAGGCCAUAAAGAUGGCUGCCAUGCAAAAGGGCUACCCUUCUCCAGCAAACCCAGGCAUGGGCCCUGGACCCCAGGUGCCAUCAGCCGUGGCUGGCCCCGGUGGCCUCGUGCCGACCUUCCCUCCGGGCCAGGGCAUGAAUCAGUCUGCAUCUGCUGGGGGUUCCCAAGGCGGGCAGGGGGUACCCUCCUCCAUGCCACCAUCCAAACUCCCCCCCAACGCGUCUCAGGGUGGAGCACCCAUGUCCCAGGCCGGUGUCACAAACGUCCCCACUGUAGGGAUCGCGGUGGCAAAACAGCCGCAGGGACCACAGCAAAACCCCACGCAGCAGCUGCAGCAGGGGCUCGGCAUGCAGGCGUCGCAGCAGACGGGAGGAGCUGGGGGACAACAGCAGCAGCAGCCGCAGAUCACCCUGCCCGGAGCUCAGCCCAUGCCUAGUGGGGUCCCUGGUGCAGCAAACAAGGUGCCCGUGUGGUCAGGAUCUCUCGAGUGGCAGGAGAAACCAAAGCCUGCUUCCUUGGACCCGAAUACCAAGUUGACCCGGUCUCUCGCUUGCCACGUGUUCAUCAGCCAGGGCGAGUCUUUGAAAACGGACCAGUGGCCUCCAAAUCUCAUCAUGCAGCUCAUUCCACAGCAGCUGUUGUCCAGCCUGGGCCCGCUGUUUAAGAACUCGCGCAUGGUGCAGUUUCAGUUCAGCAAUUCGGACGUGGAGUCCCUCAAGGCGCUCUACCGCAUCAUGGCCACGGGAUUCGCGGGCUGCGUGCACUUCCCGAACAGUGCACCAUGCGAGGUGCGCGUGCUCAUGCUGCUCUACUCGUCGCGCAAGAAAAUGUUCAUGGGCCUCAUCCCCAACGACCAGAGCGGCUUCGUCAACGGCAUCCGCAUGGUUAUCACCAACCACAAGAAGGCACAGCAACAGCGAAGCCAGCAGCAGCAGCAGAUGGGCGGAGGUCCGGGGGGCCCCCAGCAACCAGGACAGGGGGGCGCUCAGCAGCAGGGUGCGGGGCCACAGCCGGGGGCUUCGGGGCAGCCCCCCACAGGCGUUCCAAAUUCUGCGGGGUUCCCCAGCCAGCCCGGAGGGCCAACCGGACAGCCCACUGCCCAGCAGCUACCAGGUGCAGGAAUGGCGAACCCUCCGGCAGUAGUGAACUUGGAGGAGCAAAGGCAGCAAAACCUGCGUCACAUCCAGGCCCUGCAGCAGACGCUGGAGGCAGCGCAGAAGAAAGAGCAGGCCCUGAAAGUGCAGCAGUUGCAGAUGCAGCAGCAGCACAUGAAGCAGCAGCAGCAGCUGCAGCUGCGUCCUCAGCAGCCGGCUCAGGGGCAGGGCCAGGGCGCGCCGAACCCUGCCCAAGCAGGGGGCAUGCCCCCUCGGCCGCCCAACCCCACGGCGAACCCGCAGUUACGCAGCCUACUUCUCAACCAACAGCAGCAGCAGCAGCAGCAGCAACCGCAGCAGUCUCAGCAGCCUGGCCUGAUGCCCAUGCAACAGCAGCAAGGCCCGCAGAUGAUGUCCCACCAGGCCCUGGGGCAGCAGCUUACGCACCAGCCUCCGGGCCAGCAGUGGGGAGGACAGAUGGCCCAGAGGCUCCCCAUGCCCGGUCAAAUGAUGAUGAACCCAGGAGCCCGAGGACCAGUGCCCCCUUCCCAGCAGCCCAUGUCCCAGCUGGGAAUGCAGCAAGGUCCAGGGACGAGCAUCAUGUCCGAGGAUGACAUCAUCAUGGACCUCAUGUGACGAUGCGGGCAGACUUUGACGGCCAGCGCGUUGUCAUCGGAGGAGUUGAGCUACAGGGCCCGUCUUAUGUCGCUGUAAACGUAACCCACGAGAGACGCCGUGGGGAGCAGCAAGUCCCUCCCGUAUGUGGGGAGCAAUAAGUCUCCUCCAUUGCACGAGCACACCAUAGCAACCGCUCACGAAUCGCGUAAUUCAACAAACCGAGCUCCAAAAUAUGAUGUGCAGGUUGCUUGACCAUGUGUUUGUAACAUCACGAAUUGUUGCUGGGAAACCAGUUGCCACUUAGGGAUCUGAGUAUUUAUUUUAUGUGCUAGCAAGUGACUGCAUUUGUUAUUUCCAGUCUUAUCCACGUUUCUAGUAUUGUUUUGUACACUUGAAAUGUCUGCGAACAGGACCAGGCAUAUUUAGUGAUGGAUUUGCAUAAAAAGAGCUCCUGGUUUGCCGCACAGUUUCUCAAGGGCAGCUGUAGCGGAGUGAUAGCGUGGAACUUUGUGUGCAAACAUUAAGAAGAGCACCCUUGCUGGUAGCCAUCGUGGCAUUCUACCGCAAGCUGUGGUGCAAGGUAAGUGCAUUGGAGAAUCAUCCCUAAUUGUCGCUUUCACAAGCGCACAAAGAGCGGCCUUUUGCUUCAUCCCUCAUGCCCACCCCCCGCCCAGUCUCCCGCCAUCAAAGCCAUUUUGUAAAUAAUUAUGACAUUUUUCAUGAUGUCAUCAUUUUAUGUUGGAUCCUUGAAAGCGGUUUUUGCUUAACCACCUCCGCUUUGCACGGAAUGUGCACUUUGUGUGCUCUGAGCAGUGGCCGGAAACCACGAGUGACCCAUUCCUUGAAUAAGCAAUUUUCAGGCUGCACACGAUCACACGACAAUUCAUGCAAGGACACAAGUUUGCCUGUUAACCUCACAAAUCGAGUCGAGCGUUUUUUAGCGAGCACCUAUUGCAACGAGCAACACCGCAAGUGUGUGUGUUUUUUGUUAGCGUUAACACUUGCUCUGAACUUUAUUUCCUCAGCACAAUUUUCAACACACCAGGUCGGGGGUGGUCAUUUUAGACUUGAGUGAACAUGUGGACGAGGCCUUACACCAGGGUAUGGUUACCAGUAGCCACUCAUGUGCAUGGCCGGGAGAUGAACUGAGAUGUCAGUUGGAAGGGUAUUGUACCAAGGAGCGUAUGACCACUGACUGUGUUACAUUUGGCUCUUCCCACACUCCUGCGCACUUUCACCCAUUCCCACUCGCACGCAUUGAUCUGGGACUUGAGUGUAUUUGUGUUUGUAAAUUUAUAUCACUAAAGACUUGUGCGGAUGGCAUGGCUCACGGUGAUCUAUUUGUGUUUUUCCAAUUGACGGCAAAAGUGUUUGGCUGUUGUAUUUUCUUUGCAGAUCAUGGUGCAAGCAGCACGCUUCAGAACGAGGGGUUAAGCAAAUAUUUGUCAUGAAACAUUCAUCACGUGCUGGAAUUUACCUUAUGCCCUGUAUUGAUCAUUGGGACGUCGUUGAAUUUCUCUUUAAAUAUUAAACAUUGCAAAUGCCAUCGCAUCUGUGUCCACUGCUUGUCGUGGCCAAGACCAAACGAUCAUAGUGCUCCUGUUCUCCUUUGAAACUAAAUUGGCACAAUGUGCUCAACCACUUAGUGUGUACGUACAAUAAAUGUAUUAAUCAUCCACAAAGGCUUUACUCGCUGUGCCAAUGGGCAAUGCGCCUUCGUUCUUGUGGCUGGUACAUGUAAAGCCCUUUGUGUCAAUCCACCGUUGGAUGAGGGCCUUCCCACACCUUUCGGGUGGUCGUGGGGUUAUUUGACCACUCUGCACCACACUGGUCAGUGUGGGUUGGUGAAGGCAGGGAGUGGAAACGUAAGAGCACAAGUACAGCAGAGAAAUAGAUUUUAUUGUACUGCCAACCACGCAGCCCCAUGGCAACUUGUUUGUGCGUGGUGGCCACCCAUCCAAGCACUGAAGGCUCAACCCUGCUGAUGAUGUUGGGUGAAUUCUGGGUGAUUUGGUUAUGGGUUCUACUGCAUCUUAAACGCUGACAAUUAAGGGUUGCAUGUGGAUUAUAAUUUGUCUUGGCAAAUCGCUGUGAUGAUGGUGUUUCUGUACACUUGUACGUUCUACAAUGUGAAACCGGUCCAGUGUAAAAUAAUAUGCCGCCUUGGAGAAAUAGAGCAACCAAUAACCGGAUGAGGUUCGCUUGCUGUAUUAUACAUCGCUGUAUACACAUAUUGGGAUGGGGGUGGAGGGAGAUCACCAAAAAGAAUCAAUAUUUUUGUAAGUGAAAAUGAUGACAUGCGCUGCCUUGGAUAUGCCUGCGUGUUAAAGAAAACAGUAUAGUAUUUCAGCAUACUGUAUGACAUGGGCAGUGCACGCGCCAGCCUAUUGUGCCACUCUUGUUACGUUCUCUGCAGUACCCCACUGUUUUUUUGAAGGGUAAUAGUCAUAAUUAGUGUUGUAUCAUUUACUUCAAAUGUUCCAUUAUUUAUUUUGAAUUGUGCUUUUCACGGUAGAAUAACUUGCAGGAACAUGAAUGUUGCUGAUCAACUCCCUCGCCAGUACGAAAGACGAAGUCUGUCGUUGCUUGACAUUGGAUUUGCACGCGUGCUGCUCGUGUGUGAUGGUGGAUGCUGGCCGUCCCCAGGAAAAUACAUUUUCCACGAUAAAAACCGACAACUCGUUAAGAGCCUAAUGAGUCGAUAUAGUUCUGGGUUUAAAUAUUGAUCACGAUCUAAACCUCGAGAACAUGUCUUGGAAUUUUCACGGUGUUCUACGGUCCAGCCGUUAGUGCUCCUUGGUCAUUUAAAGUGUGGCGUGUUUAAUAGAAAGCUAUUGAAGGUGCCAUUAUACGACCAGCCAAUUCAAUUAUUUAGAAUUCUGACUUAAGCUUGUGGAGAUGCGUGCUCGUUGAACUUUUAAAGCAAGUCUUUGUAAUAAAGCAAGGUUAGACACCC